GAUUAGAUCUUUCCGGAAGAAGAGAAGAAUGAGGCCGAUGCAGCUUGACAUGUUAUCGGAGAUGGAUGAUGCAGGUUCUUCAAUGGCCAUGGACGUUGAUGAUCUCGAAGCUAUGGAGAUUUUUAGCGAAGGAGGAGGUGCUUCAGAGAGUAAGCUCGCCGACGCUGAUUUCUUCAACAAAUUCGAGGAUGAUUUCGACGAUGCCGGUAUCAACUGAUUCCGGUUAAAAUUUCUUCUCUAUGAUUUCAAUUUUCUUCGGAAAUCGAUUAGUAAGUGUAUUAGGGAUUUCAAAUUUAUCUGUUUGUGAUGUGAAAAACUUAUUUACGAUUCCUAAAAUAUUUGAUUUCUAAGCUCAGGAUUUAGUUUGAUUUGGGUGUUAUUGUGAUUUGUGUGAUUGUUUUUUUGUUAAUUCUCUGCACAAAUUUAGAAUGUGAGAUGUGAAUAGACAUAAGUUUUGGUA